AUCGCAUAACGCUGAGUCUCACCGUCGUGCUCGCAAGUCCGCGCCAAAAGCGCGCUCGUGCAGUGCAUCAGUACUUCCCCGCGUCAUGGGGCGGCUGCAUACAUUCGUGGUAACGCUCCGGCGAGAUACCCGUGACACCAACUGGGGCCUGCGGCUAGUGGGCGGCGCGGAUCUCGCCACACCGCUCAUUGUCACGAGGGUAACACCGGGCACACCGGCCGGGCGUGAGCUUGCCAGAGGAGAUAUCAUCGCAAAGAUUGAUCAUUAUGAUGCACGCGAUCUACGACACGAAGAUGCCCAAAACCUUUUCAAAAACGCCCCUAAUCAAAUUAAGCUUGUUGUCCAAAGGGACGUAAACCAGGAGGGCCCGCGCAACACUGGGCUGGCGCCGCGCUCCCCUAUACCCAACGCUGUCCCACCACCUUUCAGGACCGCCAGUCCUGUACCGACACCGUGGCGUGGUCCCGAGUCUUUGCCGCGCAGCACACCAGUGCCUCCGCAGGCACAGUUCACUCCUAUGCAGGAGGGUGAAUAUAGGACGUUACUACUAUCGCCAACUUCAAAUCGCACCGAUGAAAGCAUUGACGAGUCCAUACAAAGCCAGCCGUACCGCACGACGCCGCUGGUGCUGCCCGGCGCGAAGGUCCGCCGCGAGCCCGGGCCCACGGAGAGCUACUUGCGCCACCACCCCAACCCUGCGAUGCGGGCGCCUCCUCACCACGAUUACCGCGACACGCUUAUGCGACAGAAGGUGGCCGAAUCGGUGUUGCAGCGAGUGAUCGGUGAAGAUUCGAAUAAGGUGGUGCACAAACAAUUUAAUUCGCCAAUCAAUCUGUACUCCGAACAAAACAUUGCCAAUUCAAUCAGACAGCAGACAUCGCCUCUGCCCCACAAGCCCACGCUGCUGUACGACCCCGCCAAGUCCGAGACGUACCGCGCGCUGCAGGAGCAGGCCGGCGGCGACGUCGCGCACGAGGUCUCCACGCCCGCGCAGACCAAGGUCUUCUCGCCGCCAGCCACAAAAAAGCCGGCUCCAGUUCCGAAACCCGUAAAACAGCCGGAUACAAAAGAAAAACAAGCGACCUUCGUAAACUCGUUACAAGAAGAGCAUAUCCAGCAAUCGAACUCCUUCAAACGCCUCAUGUACAACGUGCUAGGAGACACGGAGUUCUAGCGCGGCGCACGUCGACUCGAUCAACAUAAACAUAUUCGUACAUAACGUGUAACUCGAGAAAUAUACAUAAAUAUUACAAUUGCAUUCGUACGCUGUAAUAAUACGCGAGUAUUAUUUAUAGCAGAUCUAUUCUUCAUAUCAUAGCCGUCAAAUGAAAUUAGACGAAUAGAUUUUAUGGCGGAGAUUUUAUAACGAAUGAGCCAUUUUAGACUCGUGGGGUUAGUAACAAAUAAGACUAACAAAUUAUAUUAAGUUGCUACUAUUUUAAUGUUCCCUAAAGUGUGUAACGUUAUUUUUUGGUGGAUUUUCUAAUACUCGAGUAUUAGCGAUAUUAUUUAUUUACAAUAAGUAGCAAAGUAACUAUUGUUCUUUAUUACUAAGUGUCGAUUAUUAUCUGUUUGUACAGGAAUAAAAUAUUUAUACAUAAUGAUAUAAGAAAUGUUGAGUGUACAGUCUAGUCACUUCGACCUGAGCUCAGGUCAAACGAGAAUGAGAUUCGAACAUUUUUAAAUAAAAUAUUUAUUUUUAUGUA